AGAUAACAAGAGACUCAAGCGCAGAGAGGGAGGGAGGGAGCUAGGCUGACCAGAGAGACUGGUCGAUUGAAACCGGGAUUUGCCGAGAUAUAAACCUUACAUAAACCUCAAAUACCAACGGGGACUGGAUAUAUUUGUCCCCAAGUAUCCUGGGAACUGAUGGGUUAGGGCACAGUUACAGCCAAUUGAUGAUAAAUUAGGUUUGACAGAAGAAUUUAAAGUGCCCCCGUCCCUCAGCGGGUUUCUCUUGGAUUAUUCUGGGUUUCUUUUUGGGCUGGUGACGCGGCUAAACCAGGAGAUCCUCAACAACACAGAGGCGAAGAAGAGGAAAUAACAUUGUGGUGUUUUCAUUUUUGUGUUUCUGCUAAUUCCCAGCCAAUACAAACUGGAUUACAGCGCAUUUGGGGCUUUUGGGUUAAAAAUAAGGCAGCAGAUAAAAUCCCAGGAUUCCCUUUUUAUUUAUUUUAACAUCUGUUAUCCAUAUGCGUCUAUUAUGAUACUUUGGUGUUUAUUUAAAUGUUAUGAUUCAUUGUGAUAGAUAUAUUCUAUACCGUUAUUAAGAUAAUGUACGUGUUUUUUGUAUAAAAUAAGAAUCAGGACGGGACGGAUAACUGACCCAUUGUCGUGGGCCUUUGGAUUUUGGCUCUUCGGUAGCUAGGUGGUUCGUUUUUAUUUUUGUGUUUCUGAUUUUAAUGGAUUUAUUCUUGGAUUGCGUUGGGGAUACCUCGUGAUAUCUUCAGUUUAAAGGCUGCUUUCUGUUGUUUUUGAAGCUGCUAAAAUAAAACCACGGGAUUAAAACAGGACAACAAAUCGGGAGGAGAGAAAGUGGAACUGACAAAGUCGAAUCGGCCCUUCUGGCAAGAUGAUGUGCGAGGUGAUGCCAACGAUCAGUGAGGCCGAGAUUCCAUCAGGCGGAGGUGGGGGUGGGGGGACGGGCUCUCCCCUCCAGUCGGACUCUGAUGGUCAUUUUGAGUCGCUGAUGGUGUCAAUGUUGGAGGAGCGGGACCGGCUCCUAGACACUCUGAGGGAGACCCAGGAUACCCUAGGCUUGACCCAGGGAAAGCUGCAUGAGGUCAGCUAUGAGAGGGAUUCGCUACAGAGACAGCUCAACACUGCACUUCCACAGGAGUUUGCUGCACUUACUAAAGAACUUAAUAUAUGCAGAGAGCACCUUCUAGAACGAGAAGAAGAAAUUUCUGAAUUAAAGGCUGAACGAAAUAACACACGGCUGCUUUUAGAACACUUGGAAUGCCUUGUCUCGAGGCACGAGCGCUCUCUCAGAAUGACAGUAGUGAAGAGACAAGCACAAUCUCCAGCAGGGGUAUCCAGUGAAGUGGAAGUCCUCAAAGCACUGAAGUCUUUAUUCGAGCACCACAAAGCUUUAGAUGAAAAGGUAAGGGAAAGGUUACGAGUUGCAUUGGAAAGAUGCAGUGCAUUGGAAGAACAGCUAGCUUGUUCUCAUAAAGAAUUGGCUAUUUUGAGAGAGCAGAAUAUCCAAAAGAAAGCUUUGAUUAACGAUGGGAUAGUGGAAAUGAACCACGACUCGGAAAACACCCCGUGCACAAACGGAAAGAGAUCAUCAGAUGGGUCUCUUAAUCAUGAAGAAGAUCUAGCAAAAGUUAUGGAGCUUCAGGAGGUCAUUGACAGACAGACCAAGGAUGCGGGUCAGAUGAAGGAGCGAUUAGCUGCUCUUUCAAGCAGAAUAACUGAAUUGGAAGAAGAUCUCGAUACAGCUCGUAAAGAUCUCAUAAAGUCUGAGGAAAUGAACACCAAGUAUCAGAGAGACAUUCGGGAGGUCAUGGCCCAAAAGGAGGAUAUGGAAGAGAGAAUAACAACCCUUGAAAAACGCUACCUCGCUGCACAACGUGAAUCCACAUCUGUACAUGAAUUCAAUGAUAAACUUGAAAAUGAAAUUGCAAACAAAGAAUCGAUGUUUAGACAGAGUGAAGAGAAGAACCGGCAAAUACAGGAGAGGUUGGAACUGGCUGAACAGAAGCUACAGCAAACGCUUAGGAAAGCAGAGACCCUUCCAGAGGUGGAAGCGGAGCUGGCGCAGAGAGUGGCAGCACUUACCAAGGCUGAAGAGAGACAUGGAAACAUUGAGGAGCGCUUACGGCAGAUGGAAGCACAUCUGGAGGAGAAGAACCAAGAACUACAGAGAGCUCGACAGAGGGAAAAGAUGAAUGAAGAACACAAUAAACGAUUAUCAGAGACAGUGGACAAAUUGCUUUCUGAGUCAAAUGAAAGAUUGCAACUUCAUCUGAAGGAGAGAAUGUCUGCUUUAGAAGAUAAGAAUGCUCUCAUUCGUGAUCUGGAGAACACAAAAAAAUUAAUUGAAGAAGCACAUCAUGAGAAGGAGCAACUUCUAAUUGAAAUAGAAACUAUGAGGACUGAAAAUGAGCAGGCAAGGUUGAGAAGCACUUCUUCACUGCACCAUGGUCGCUCACAUCUGGGCAGCACCCCUGAUUUCAGGUAUCCUGUAUCUGCUUCCUCUAUGAUGGACAGUCACACAGACCACUUCAACACAUCAGUGCUGCGGCGGCCACAAAAAGGCCGUAUGGCAGCCCUUCGAGACGAGCCCUCAAAGGUGCAGACUCUGAACGAGCAGGAGUGGGAGAGAGUGCAGCAAGCCAACGUUUUGGCUAAUGUGGCCCAGGCAUUUGAGAGUGAUGUGGAUGUGUCUGACGUAGAGGACGACAGAGAGACUGUUUUCAGUUCUGUUGAUCUGAUGUCCCCGAGCGGUCAGGCUGAUGCCCAAACUCUGGCUAUGAUGCUUCAGGAGCAAUUGGAUGCCAUCAACAACGAAAUUAGGAUGAUUCAGGAAGAGAAGGAGACGACUGUCCAGCGGGCUGAGGAGAUUGAAAACCGAGUGGGAGGUGGGAGUUCAGAAAAUCUUGGCAGCAAAUUCAGAUCCAUGAGCUCCAUUGCUCCCUCUUUCACUGGCUCCUCCCCCCCAGGCAGCGGGCACUCUACCCCUCGCCGCGUACCGCGCAGUCCUGCCCAUGAGGUAGACCGCCACGGCAGCAUGACUCUGCCUAGUGAUUUAAGGAAGCACCGUAGGAAGUCCCCAGUAUCGCAAGAUGACAAAGCUACUAUAAAGUGUGAGACCUCCCCUCCAACACCCAGGUCUAUGCGUUUACACAAAGGAGCCACCCACGCCGCCAGCCAUGAAGAUAUCAGGGAUAUAAGAAGUUCCACCGGUUCCCAGGACGGCCAAGGCAGUAACCCUAGCAGCAGCAACAGCAGCCAAGAUUCUCUUAACAAAGCCCCCAAAAAGAAGAGCAUCAAAUCUUCCAUUGGCCGACUGUUUGGCAAAAAAGAGAAGGGUCGACCUGGACUUCCUGGCAAAGAACAUAUGGCAGGUACUCCAGAAGGGGAUACUUCUCCUCAAGAUGCCUUAGGACUUAGUAAACUGGGAGGACAAGUGGAAAAAAAUAGAAAAUUACAGAAAAAUGCUAAUUCAGGGCAUGAGCUACUCGAGGAGGCUCGCAGGCAAGGUUUACCGUUUGCACACUGGGAUGGUCCGACAGUAGUUGUGUGGUUGGAGCUCUGGGUUGGAAUGCCAGCCUGGUACGUAGCGGCUUGCAGAGCCAAUGUGAAAAGCGGUGCUAUUAUGUCAGCUUUGUCUGACACUGAAAUACAGCGGGAGAUUGGAAUUAGCAAUCCUUUACACAGGUUAAAGCUACGUCUGGCUAUUCAGGAGAUCAUGUCUUUAACAAGCCCGUCUGCACCGCCAACCUCCAGAACGUCCACUGGGAAUGUGUGGCUUACGCACGAAGAAAUGGAAAACCUUGCUGCCACACCUCAAACGGAGGAUGAGGAGGGCAGCUGGGCCCAGACACUAGCUUAUGGUGAUAUGAACCACGAGUGGAUUGGUAACGAAUGGCUCCCAAGUUUGGGGCUGCCUCAGUACCGAAGCUACUUUAUGGAGUGCCUUGUUGAUGCUCGUAUGCUGGAUCAUUUGACAAAGAAGGACUUACGGGGGCAACUUAAAAUGGUUGAUAGCUUUCACAGAAACAGCUUCCAGUGCGGUAUAAUGUGUCUACGAAGGCUGAAUUAUGAUAGACAAGAACUUGAAAGGAAAAGAGAAGAAUGCCAAGUUGAAGUUAAAGAUGUUCUAGUAUGGAGCAAUGACAGAGUAGUUCACUGGGUGCAGUCAAUUGGUCUCAAGGAAUAUGCAAGUAACCUGGUGGAAAGUGGAGUCCACGGUGCGCUUCUUGCCUUGGAUGAAACCUUUGAUCACAAUGCAUUAGCGCUUCUAUUACAGAUACCGACCCAAAAUACACAGGCAAGGGCCGUUCUAGAAAGAGAAUAUAAUAAUCUUCUUGCUCUGGGUACUGAAAGAAGACUUGAUGAGGAUGACGAUAAGAACUUCAGGAGAGCUCCCUCCUGGAGGAAGAAGUUUCGACCAAAAGACGUUCGGGGGAUGGGUCCUGGGUCAGCAGAAACUCUUCCUGCAAACUUCAGGGUUACCACCGCAAUGUCUUCACCUUCUAUGCAGCCAAAGAAAAUGCAGAUGGAUGGCAAUGUCACAGGAGUGCAAAGAAUGGAUUCUACGACAGUAAGAACCUACUCAUGUUAAUGCCUUCUCUUGUUUACCCCCACUAUUUCUAUAGAUGAUUAUGCAGCAUUAAAUCAGAAGACGACAUUUCAGAAAUCACGAUGGGAUCUGUGAUGUAAUGAAACUUAAAAGGAUACUAUAAAUAUUUUAUUACAGAGUUUAAUUGGUGAAUUCACAAAUCUCAUGAUACCAUUGAGAAAAUAUUUUAGAUUAAAUGUUUCUUAUAUUUAUAUAAACUGAUGGGAUGUUUCAUUUAUUUAGCUCUAAUAUGUAUCUGUUUGCCUGUAUAUUCAACAUGCCUUUUUUUUUCCUUCCAGUUUUUAAAUAACAUUUUUAAAAUGUAUGUGUAUUUUCACUGUUGUCCUUUUCAAAUGCAGUUUUUGCAUAUGUAACUAAAUGAACCACAAGUCUGGAGUCUGUGUGUAUAUGUACCUACAGAUGUUAUCCUGUCUCAUAAUCCUAUCAACACUAAAUGAAUGCUAUUAUAAGCAUCCAGUUUAAGUUAGAUUGACUUAAACUAGUUGGUUGGUCAAGUUUUUUUUUCGUGAUUCUGCAAUAUAUAUUUAUAUAUUAUGCAGGUCAAGAUCAUUUCAUUUUCAGCCAGAAAAUCUUUUGACAGUUCAAUGUUUAUUUUUGUUGUUUUUUUGUAAUAUUUUUUUUGUGUGUUUUAAACCUUCAGCAUGUCAGAUUCCACACAGAUUAUAUAUAUUAUCAGUGAGACUAAAUCCAUGAAUUUGUUUAACUUUGUAAGUCGUUCACUGUGAUACCAAAAUGUACCUUCUAAAAGCCAUACAUGGAGUUUAUUGUGAAGAAGAGAAACACAAUCAUGUGAUGCAUUGUUUCAUGAAAGUCCCUUCAAGUAGUAAUUUAAUACAAACAGUAGAGUUUCCAUUCCUGUCUCUUCUUCAUUAAAGGCAUGUGUUAAAAGGAGUUAAUGCAACCUGUUUUUCUUUUAAAGGACCAAUUCCAGAUCUCUGUGGCCUCACUUCAAACAGGGGAAGUUUUAGUCACAGGAGGCACAAUUUGUAUGACUUAAAUAAGCCUUAUUUUAGUUUAGAAUUAUUUUAUGUAUGUCAUGUUUUGUUAAUUGUCAUUUUUGUAAGAACGUAUUAUGGCUCAAGUGUUUCUGAGUAUGUGUUCAAUUGUCUCGCAACACCAGGCCUCUCAGUAUUUAUACAUUAAUGUUGGGGAAAUUCAACAACAAAACAAGUCCCCAUUAUAAGGCCUGGUGUGUUUUUUAUUUACUGACAUUUGUGUGUUGUCCUCUGCGUGUGAUAUAUAUAUAUAUAUAUAUAUAUAUAUAUAUAUAUAUAUAUAUAUAUAUAUAUAUAUAUAUAUAAUAUUAUACACACACAAUUAUUAGUGUGUGUACAAAUCGAAUCAUGUGUUCCUGUCAUACCUUUUUUUAAUGUUUUUUCUGUUCCUUCUUUUAAACUUCUGAUCUUCUUGUAACAAAUAUUAUGUACAGUGAGUACUUUUUGAACUAUUUUUAUCACAGUAUAAUUUAUUGCUUUCUUUCAAUAAAAUACUGAAACAUUUAUUUUCCACUGCCAAUAAAGAAACAAACAAACAA